GCGGCGCCGCAGCCCAUGGAGCUCGAGAACAUCGUAGCGAACACGGUGCUACUCAAGGCCCGGGAAGGUGGCAGUGGGAAUCGCAAAGGCAAAAGCAAGAAAUGGCGUCAGAUGCUGCAGUUUCCCCACAUCAGCCAGUGUGAAGAGCUACGCCUGAGUCUUGAGCGUGACUACCAUAGCCUGUGCGAACGGCAGCCCAUCGGACGUCUGCUGUUCCGAGAGUUCUGCGCCACAAGGCCAGAGCUGACCCGCUGUAUUGCCUUCCUGGAUGGGGUGGCCGAGUAUGAAGUGACCCCUGAUGAGAAGCGGAAGGCAUGUGGGCGGCGGCUGAUGCAGAAUUUUCUGAGCCACACAGGUCCUGACCUCAUCCCCGAGGUUCCCCGGCAGCUGAUAACUAACUGUGCCCAGCGGCUGGAACAGGGACCCUGCAAAGACCUCUUCCAGGAGCUCACCCGGCGGACUCACGAGUAUCUGAGCAUGGCCCCCUUUGCUGACUACCUCGACAGCAUCUACUUCAACCGUUUUCUGCAAUGGAAGUGGCUGGAAAGGCAGCCAGUAACCAAAAACACCUUCAGGCAGUACCGAGUGCUGGGCAAAGGUGGCUUUGGGGAGGUGUGUGCCUGCCAGGUGCGGGCAACAGGCAAGAUGUAUGCCUGUAAGAAGCUAGAGAAGAAGCGGAUCAAGAAGCGGAAAGGGGAGGCCAUGGCGCUCAAUGAGAAGCAGAUCCUGGAAAAAGUGAACAGUAGGUUUGUAGUGAGCUUGGCCUAUGCCUAUGAGACCAAGGAUGCACUGUGCCUGGUACUGACGCUGAUGAAUGGAGGUGACCUCAAGUUCCACAUCUACCACAUGGGCCAGGCUGGCUUCCCGGAGGCUCGAGCUGUCUUCUACGCUGCUGAGAUCUGCUGUGGCCUGGAGGACCUGCACCGGGAACGCAUCGUAUACAGGGACCUGAAACCAGAGAAUAUCCUCCUGGAUGACCAUGGUCAUAUCCGCAUCUCUGACCUGGGGCUGGCUGUGCACGUGCCUGAGGGCCAGACCAUCAAAGGCCGAGUAGGCACUGUGGGCUACAUGGCUCCCGAGGUGGUGAAGAAUGAGCGGUACACAUUCAGUCCAGACUGGUGGGCGCUGGGCUGCCUCCUGUACGAGAUGAUUGCAGGCCAGUCGCCCUUCCAGCAGAGGAAAAAGAAGAUCAAGCGUGAGGAGGUGGAGCGGCUGGUGAAGGAGGUUCAGGAGGAGUACUCCGAGCGUUUUUCACAGCAGGCACGCUCGCUCUGCUCCCAGCUUCUCUGUAAGGACCCUGCUGAGCGCCUGGGGUGUCGUGGGGGCAGCGCCCAAGAAGUGAAGGAGCAUCCGCUCUUCAAGAAGCUGAACUUUAAGCGACUGGGAGCUGGCAUGCUAGAGCCACCUUUUAAACCUGAUCCGCAAGCCAUUUACUGCAAGGAUGUUCUAGACAUUGAACAGUUCUCCACGGUUAAGGGUGUGGAACUGGAGCCCACUGAUCAGGACUUCUACCAGAAGUUUGCCACAGGCAGUGUACCCAUCCCCUGGCAGAAUGAGAUGGUGGAAACGGAGUGCUUUCAGGAAUUGAAUGUCUUUGGACUGGAUGGCUCAGUGCCCCCCGAUCUGGACUGGAAGGGGCAGCCGCCCGCACCCCCCAAAAAGGGACUGUUGCAGAGACUCUUCAGUCGCCAGGAUUGCUGUGGGAACUGCAGCGACAGUGAGGAAGAGCUCCCCGCUCGCCUUGAGCUCCCCACCCACCUCGAGCUCCCCACCCGCCUCUAGCCCCAUGCCUGAGGCCCCCAAUGGCAGUUGGCGGUAGCAGCCACUCCAGGCGCUGUUUACAGUUUUGCACAGUGAACUUCCCCAGUGGCCACUCAUGUGGCCUGGGGAACACAGCCGGAGCUAACCCCAGUGUCCUCUGCCCCUCAGCCCCGAGUCUGCUGAGUUUGGCAAGGCCUGCGCUGUCCUGGGACAAAGGUGCAUCCCUUCAGCUCUUGUCUGUGGAGCUUGGGGCUUUCUGUAUUUAUGUAUUUGUACGAAUGUAUAUAGUGACCAGAGCGUUCUAAGACCUACCCCGGAACCGGCAGAGGGGCCACUGCCAAACUCAGGCUCCUCAAGCCCAGCUUGGAUAGGCCAGGCCCCUGAGCCCCCAGCACUGUGCUCGCCACCGCUGCCGCUGCCACCGACCUCUGAGGGAGACUUGUGCCUGCCCUGCUGCCCUGGGCUCAGGCCACCACUUUCUGGGGCCCGAUGCGGCCCCUUUUCAGCACUUCCAGAGCUGGAGCUGGGGCAUAUGUCCCCUGGGCCUGUGCCAAAGUGUGAGCCUCUGGAGAUUGGUCUAACCCUGGGACCAUUGUCCACUGCCAGGCUAUCCCAGAUGGGUUGCCUCUGCCUUCCAGCCCCCAGGGCACCUUGUCCGUCCUGCUGGGCCCCACCCUGAAGACUCCUCUUGCUGAACACCCCAGCCCAGGCCAUGGAGAGGGAGAUAUCCCUGGCCAAUCCUCAGACAUUCCAGACUCCCCUCAUAACAAUAGACACGUGUGCCCAGCAAUAAUCCUCCCCUUCCAGGUGUGCCUGUGGGGUGUGUGUGUGAUGUGUGUGGUGUGUGUGCGUGAGUGUGUGUCUGAAGAAGGUAGGCUGAGUCGCACCUCAGGCCCAGCCCUGGCCCUUCCCAGACUGUGAUGGCUGUACUGGUCCCAGAGUGAGAGUUAACGUGGGAUUACAGGGGACUGGUUUUUCCUAUUUAAAGUCUGUUUUUAUUACUCAUUUUGUCCAAUGUAAGCUGCCACAUGUCUCUGUGUGAAUACAGUCCGAGCACAAACCUGG